CCGUAUCAUGAACAUACCGCCUGUGUUGGACACAGCAGUCCCAUCAACCGUUGUUCGUGCACAUCCGGAAGGGAAAUCACUGGUGCUUGCUGUGCUCCUCCAAGACACUGUACUUGAUCUUCAUUAUGACUCAGUUUUCGAUGCCUGUCCGAUCUGUUCUUGCAACGGCAACAUCAGGGCAAAGGAACUCGGCGUAUACAUUACUCCACCAGAAGUACUGAGACAGUCGCCAGCUCAACAGCAGCUCAUUGUCAGCAAGCCAACAAGCGGAUUUUAUAAUAAUACCUCAAAUUCGUGUAACUGUGGCUUCAGCGCUGUACGCCAUCGGUAUUUGAGCAUGAAAGCUGGAUUAUUUGCCGAAGAUGCGAAAGAAGCUACAGAUAUCACCGAAACACAGAACCAGCCAACUAUUCCUCAUACGAUUUGGUUUGACUCAAUGAGCGGC